AUGGAUGAAAGUGACCAGCACCCUCAGUCAGAUAUUGACACAUGGACAAUGAUCCCGGGUUUGCUGGCCAUCAUCAUUGCCCUGUGUGGGCUGGCAGGAAACGCGGUCGUGAUCUGGCUGCUGGGCUUCCGCCUGCGGAGGAACCCCUUCUGCGUCUACAUCCUCAACUUGGCCGUGGCUGACUGCCUAGUCCUGGGCACCACGACUGCUUAUGCACUGAUGGUACUCAUCGAUUAUUUCCAAUUCAUUUAUUCCGUCCACAACCGUUUCAUCAACUUUGUGAUAUUAUUUCCCUACCUGGCAGACAUGAGCCUUAUCAGCGCCAUUGGCACCGAGCGAUGCCUGUCCAUCCUGUGCCCCAUUUGGUAUCGCUGCCGCCGCCCAACGCAUAUAUCAGGGGUCAGCUGUGCUCUGAUCUGGGCCCUGUCCCUGGUGCUGGCCUUCCUGCAGAUGCUCUUCUGUAUAGUCUCAUGGGAUUUGUGUUGGUUGGCUGAUUUCUUCCUUUGGACGUGGGUGAUUUUCCUAUUUUUGGUUCUCUGUGGGUCCAGCCUGGUUCUGCUGGUGAAGGUGUUCUAUGGCUCCCGGAGGAGGAAGAUGACCAGGCUCAUUGUGACCAUUCUGAUCACUGUGUUGGUCUGCCUGCUGUGCGGCCUGCCCUAUGGCUUUGGUUGGUUCCUAGUAUCUUGGAUGGUGGGUGCAUAUGGUCAAUUACCCCAUGUAUGGUUUACUCUAUUCUCCUGUGUUAACAGCAGUGCCAACCCCAUCAUCUACUUCUUUGUUGGCUCCUUUCGGCAGCAGAAGCAGCGGCGGCUGAAGCCAACCCUCAGGAUGGUUCUCCAGAGGGCACUGCAGGACACUCCUGAGGGGGAGGAACCUGGAGGAGCCCCCCCUCAGGGACUCACGGAGCAGACAGAGAGCAGUGCGGUGUAG